CAGUACACCAUCCUUUCUCUUUUCUGAUCUAAGCAGGACCGGAAAAGAAUCUAAUAAACGCUCUCUCAAUGAGUAAUCUCUCUGCCGAAGGCUGAAGCUGCUGAUUUUGUAAAUAGGCUUGCUAUGGCUGGUUUUUUCUUGCUUUUAACUCUAGUUCUGUAACUUUUUUCUGGAGAAUUAGAAAGUUCAUUAACGCGUUUCCUAUACGUGUUGUUGCUGUCGUUGUGGUGUUUUGCUUAGUGUUAAUCGGAUCUGCAUCUUUGUUUCUGCUCAAAACACACAGCCAGACAUUCUUGCUGAUCAAGUUAGAAAUUUUGGUGGUUAAUUGAGAGAGAACUGAAUUCCAGUGGUCAGAUAAAGAAUAGUUAUGUUUGUGAAGUGAAAUUAGGAUUACUGGUUUGUUAUAUAUUCUGGGAGAUCCUUGGUUUCAAGGAAGUUGAAUUUAGAAUAUGCUUUUGCGGCAAAUCAUUUGGUAAUUUGGAGGUCUUGGACCCAGAAGCUAAGACAUUGGAGUCCUAGAUAAUGGCUUCUGGAGAAGGGAGGCGUCGCCGUGAUAAUCUUGUGCCUCUCGCUGCUUUGAUCAGCAGAGAAAUGAGGAAUGAGAAGAUGGAGAAGCCAACUCUGAGAUAUGGUUAUGCGGCUCAGUCUAGGAAAGGAGAAGAUUAUUUUUUGAUGAAGACAGACUGUCAGCGAGUACCAGGGAAUCCUUCAUCGACGUUUUCUGUGUUUGCGAUCUUUGACGGGCAUAAUGGAAAUGCGGCCGCAAUUUUUACUAGGGAGAAUUUAUUGAAUCAUGUUUUGGGUGCACUUCCUCGAGGACUUGGGCGGGAGGAGUGGCUUCAAGCUUUACCUCGAGCCUUGGUGGCUGGGUUUGUGAAAACCGACAAAGAGUUCCAAAGCAGAGGAGAGACGUCAGGUACUACAGCAACAUUUGUGAUAGUUGAUGGAUGGACAGUCACUGUUGCAUCUGUUGGAGACUCACGCUGUAUUUUAGAUGCUCAAGGUGGUGCCGUUUCCUCCUUAACCGUGGAUCAUAGACUCGAAGAGAAUGUGGAAGAGAGGGAACGUGUAACUGCAAGUGGUGGGGAAGUUGGAAGGCUCAGCAUUGUUGGUGGUGCUGAGAUUGGCCCCCUCCGGUGUUGGCCAGGAGGAUUAUGCCUUUCUAGAUCAAUUGGAGACAUGGAUGUUGGAGAGUUUAUAGUUCCAAUUCCAUAUGUCAAGCAAGUGAAGUUCAUAAAAAAGCUAUCAAAUGCAGGUGGCAGGCUUAUAAUUGCUUCUGAUGGAAUCUGGGAUGCUCUUUCCUCAGAAAUGGCAGCAAAAUCUUGCCGCGGGUUGCCAGCUGAACUUGCUGCCCGACAAGUUGUGAAGGAAGCAUUAAGGACAAGAGGACUCAAGGAUGAUACAACCUGCAUAAUUGUUGACAUAAUUCCUCCUGAUAAUUCAGUACAGCCAUCAACUCCUCCCAAGAAGCAGAACAAACUUACAGCCUUAUUAUUCAGGAAGAAAUCACAUGAUUCUACUAAUAAGCUAUCAAAAAAGCUUUCUGCCGUAGGUAUAGUGGAAGAAUUGUUUGAAGAAGGCUCAGCAAUGCUUGCUGAAAGACUGGGGAACGAUGACACCGCAACACAAUCAACAUCUGGUCUUUUCACAUGUGCUGUAUGUCAAGUUGACCUUGCACCAAGCGAGGGCAUCUCUGUUCAUGCUGGUUCAAUCUUCUCCACCAGCUCAAAACCAUGGCAAGGGCCUUUCCUAUGUGCUGAUUGCCGCAAUAAGAAGGACGCCAUGGAAGGAAAACGCCCAAGUGGAGUUAAAGUGGCAUAAGUUAAUUGUUUCCUUUAUUCUUUAUCCCAUUAAUUUUUUUCCCCUUAAUGUAAACUGCAUUUUCCUAGGCCAGGCAAUUGUUUGAAUAUGACUACCGUGGUGCCCCAAAUGUAUAUGUAAUUUUCAAAUAAUGGGAAAUGAGUUCUAGCAUUCAACACAAAGUUGGAGUAA